UUGACAUAAUUGCCAUAGUUCAGCAAGAUCAACUUUUGCAUAUUUGACCACAGACUGAAGGAACCACAGAUCCAACAAUUAUGUCGGAGUUAGGAUUUGGUCCUGGGGACUAUGAGCAUGUAACAAAAAUGGGGAGAGUGGGGCCACGGUUUGGAGACAACAAGCCAAGGACCUCUGUAGGGCCUCAGUUCCGCAGACUACCUUUCCAGACCACAGAGACUCUGGCAGGACCUCGCACAUUAACACCAGUGUCAGCGCCUCACUCCGCUGAUGCUGAUUCCGUCAUUAUCAGGGAUAUUUCUAGACAAAAGAAGGCUGUGUUGAAAGAUGAGCCAAACAGGAAAACAAGUAAAAAAGCUAAGAAGGGAAGGAAAUAUGAACAUAAUGAUGAAAGAGCAGAAAGGAACAAUAAAGAGAAUGAAAUAAAGCAUUUAUCCGUUGACAGACACAGACAAAGACAGCCUUAUAUUGAAAUGAAGUUGGGGCGUAACAUGCGGGCGACACCUAAGGGCAGCAUACCUAUAAAACAUGUUAAUACCCAGUUGGAGGGAGAUGCCAGUGAGCCCUUGCUGGUUAACCAGCCCCACUCCACUAACCCAGUAGUUGACUACUUCACUAACACCCAUCCCGGGCAUCGCCCAAUCUAUGCACGCCCCUACGGGCUCUCGGGCUCCCCUGCCCUACGCUCCAUCAACAGCCCACAGCACCCCUCUCAGGAUUUAAUAGAAACGUUGAACAGAAACCAACGUGUUAAGUCGUCCCGGGACCUUCGAUCACCAGAGAGACAGGAAGAUACAGAGAGAAAACAGGUGGUGAAGGAGGAUGAUGAUGAUGUUGAGGAGCGUCGGAGAGCGUCUCUUGCGCAAGAGCUUGCCCGGGCGCAGCAGAGACAGGACAGACUGGAGGCAGAGGCCCGCAGGCUCCGAGAGGCUGACUCUGGGCUAACGAGUCAAUCAGGAAACCAGCGAGACAGCAGCGAUAUAAUGCAAGAAGUUGAGGCACAGGGCACACAAGACAGUAAACAGUCACAUAAAGACGCUGUUAUCAUAACUACAAAAGCAGAAAUAAACACUCCCCCAGCCAAUGCUUUAAUGUCUCCCCCUCCGCACGAUGUACUGUAUCCCUCGUACAAAAGUCAGGCACCGCAAGUGGAAGCUAAAUCUGACUUUGGCUCCUCUCAGCCUUUCACACCACUGGACUCUGGUGCCUUUAAAAGCACAGGGGACACCUCGACCAGUGCAACAGUGUCUACAGGGAUUGAAGCUAAGGUUGAGGAGGCUGAGAGCAGGGUUUCUGUGGAGAAGUUGUCACUACAGCAACAAGAGACAGUUGAGGAGAUUGAGGAAAUAGAAGAAGAGGUGGAGGGUGGGGGACAAGAAAGCAGUGAUGGCGAGUUUAACUUCUGAUUGAUUCACUUAGUCUUGCAAUUUUCUAGUUAAAUUUGAAAAUGUUAUGUGUUUGAAUCUUCAAUCUUGCACAUGGAUGUGUUUACUGUAAAGAGUCUUAAUGUUAGAUUGUUUAGACCAACUAUAUACUCAUUAUACUGUAUUUGACAGCUUAGCUGAAAAGACAUGACAUUGGAAUUAGAUAUGUAUCUACAGCAGCUGAAUAAUAUUUAAUAUUUCCCCAUCCAUAUUGAAUCAACAAUACAGAAAUUCCUUAUUAGACAACGUAAUGAUAUUAUUUUUUAUUUUGUUAAAACCAUAUUUUUACAUCAUUUAUUUAUUCAUGUAGUUUUUCUGUUUUUGUUUAUAUUAUCUAUGUUUGCAUUGUUAUAAUUGUGAUAAGACCAUUAUUGUUGUCUAUUUUAUUUUCAUACAUAUAAUUUAGUUAUACUCCUAUAAUGUAGGGGUGUUAUUCAAAAUUUUGAAAUAUGGUACUCCUUCAAACUUUCCCCCAAAAAGAUGAAGUUUGAAUGAGUCAUUCAAAUUAUUGUUUAAGUUGUUAAUAUUAAUUUCCACAAGUGUUUAAAAUUUUGAAAUAGAUUUGAAUUGCUUUUUCCCAUUAAAUUGUCAUUAUUUUAAAAUGUCUUGUUAAUGCAUUUUCUGUUAAAUUUUAUUGUUAUUGCGUGUGUCACUAUUUGUAGAACCGAUAUUUUCCAAAUGUAUCGUUCAUCAUUUAAUAUUUUGCAAUGCACUUAGGAGCUAAUGUCUAUUUUGGGAUUUCGUAACUACAGUAACAGUGUGUGCAGUUUUAGAUUCUAAACUUUGAUGUUGGUUGCUGACAGUUUAUGACAAAUUUGAAAACUGUUCAAUAGAAAUGCUAUUGUGCAUUUCUAAAUGGUACUACUAAAUUAUGCUGAAAGUUUCAACACAAAUGGUUCAUCUGUUUUUAAAGAAAUUUGAGUUUUUGUUUGAAACAGAGACAGGAUUUUAUCACUAUGACUCACAAGUACAUUUUAAACAUAGGCUAAGCAAAUGUUCAAAAACAUAAACAAGAUCAAGCAUGUUUAACUCAUUUUAGCCAGUUUUUUCCAGCAUGUUAUAAGAUCAUUAGAUGCAAACUUUUAAAAAUCUACUUGUUAGGUAAGUGCAAUAUUUUUUACAUGUUUGAUUGCAUGUGUUAUCUUUUUGCUAACUGACUGACUUCAUCUACUAAACAUCUAUGAUAAAAGCUGAAAAUAACAUUAAAGGGGAUAGACACCAGAUGAUUCCUAAAUCGGCAAGAAUAGACUAGAAUUGUCUAUACAAGCUAGUAUUAGACCAAUGAAACAUUAUUUGACAUUAAUAUUUUGUCGCUGUCUCAGCUGAGUAAACCCGUUUCAAACUAGCACAUAAUGGUUUCCUAGUUUUUAGUGUGUGAUGCAUGUGAAGGUCAUUUGGUUAGUGCAGAUGCAUAUACCAAUGCUAUUUCUAAAUUUAUUAAGAUUUAUGUGGUGGACAUUCCCUAGUUAAUGUCAAAUUGGAAUAAUACCAAAAAACUGUGAAAGAUACACAUGUCGUAAGCCAUGUGAUACAUCAUUAAGUAAGAUCCAAUGAGUUGUACACAACAAUAUCAAUUUUAUGUUAGUUUUUGACAAUUUUCUACUUUUCUUGCAAUGGUAUCAUCUGGUGUCUAGUCCCUUUAUGGUUAUGUCUUGAAUAUGCUGAAUGUUUGUCAGUAUUGAUGUUAUGUAAUUAUUUCUCUGCUUCUAGUUUAUCAUGGAAAAAUGUUCAACAAAUGAUUUGCCUAUCUUCAAUUGAAGAGAAGGAGUAUGCUAUUUUACAUUGUUGAUCAACAAUACAUCACUGAUAAUUAAAUAGUUUGUGUUUGAAGUUAAUAAUGGCAUUGAUAUGGUGUACAAUAAAGCACUAUACAGCA